ACUCUCGUCGCCGCGCUGGUGCCAGUGGCGCUGCGAACGAGUAUCUGAUGCCAAGGCUCUCGUAACACACGAACGCAAAAUGACGCGCGUCGUCGUCAGCCUCACACAGGUCUUGGUAGCAGUGGCAAUCGCUGGGACUUCCUUGAGCAACACCAUUACUAGCAGGCACGACAGGACGGCAAGGGAUGAAGACGAAGUCCCACCCACACUACAACCAACGCCUUUUCUACGGGCGGACUGUGUGAUUCCCUAUUUGAGAAUCGCCCGCCAGUGCCUUUCCAUCCGACACACAUUCAAUGCAACAUGGGAGGGCGCUCGAGAUUUCUGCCGCGCUCUGGAUGGUGACCUGGUUGUCGCUGCCUCCUUCCAAGAUCUUCUGCUCGGCUAUGUGAAUGCAUACCCAAGCUUCUCGAAGAUGUUCCGCUCGUCCAUGUGGAUCGGCGCCCGCAGGCCGGACGCGCACUCGAGCUUCCGUUGGCUGGACGGCUCGGACCUGCCCCCCCUGACCUCACCCCUGUGGGACUACCAGGACAACGACGACUACAACUGCGUUUACCUGGGGCUUCACCUCAACAAAACCUACUCGUAUAGGAACGGCGACUGCAAAGGCGGAAGCGGGGUGAUAUGCCAGUGCCUUUUCUGUUAGCGGCAGGAAAAGAGAAGCAGAGCGGUUCUCGUCUCUGGGAAACGGCAUUUCGUAUUAUUUUUUAUAAUUGAUAUUAGAAAAAAUAAAUUUCAGGCAAUUUA